AUGCAAGAGGUGGUCAAAAAGGAGAUAAACAAGUGGUUAGAUGUUGGGGUGGUGUACCCCAUUUCUGACAGUCACUGGGUUAGCCCAGUGCAAUGUGUGCCCAAAAAGGGUGGUAUGACUAUUGUUGUGAAUGCAAAGAAUGAGUUGGUCCCGCAGAGGCUAGUCACUGGAUGGCGAGUAUGCAUGGAUUACAGAAAACUGAACAAGUGGACCUUGAAGGAUCACUUCCUGAUGCCUUUCUUGGACCAGAUACUUGACAGGUUUGGUGGAAAAGGGUGGUACUUUUUCUUAGAUGGAUACUCUGGCUACAACCAAAUAUCAAUUGCUCCUCAAGAUCUGGAAAAGACUACUUUUGCAUGUCCUUAUGGCACCUUUGCAUUUAAACGCAUACCAUUUGGACUAUGUAAUGCACUAGCAACUUUCCAGAGGUGUAUGAUGUCUAUCUUCUAA